AAGACGAAGUAGUUAGUAUAAAUAGUCGCUUUCUGCUUUGAACACACUAUGUAUCUAUUCUUUUGAAAAUUUUCUAGUAAAAUUUGCUCUGAUAAUCUUGAUUAUUGAUAAAAUUUAAUUACUGCUCAUGGAUGGUGUAACUUUACCUUUCCUUCUCAUUCUUGUAGCUAUUUUAGAUGGAUUUUCCUAUGCGCAAACUAGUUCUAUUUAUUCAGGCAUUCAUUGCAUUGAGAGUGAAAAAAAUGCUCUUAUCAAGUUCAGGCAAGGUUUCAAGAAUCCAUCACGGAGCAUGUUGUCUUGGAUGCUCGAGGAGAACUGCUGCAGGUGGGAAGGUGUUGAAUGCGACAAUUCAACCGGGCACGUGAUCACUCUUGAUCUGCAUAAACAGUUCUUGCAAGGUGAGUUCGGGAUUUCUUCGCUUGACUUGCCUUAUUUAAGACACUUAGACCUGAGCCAAAAUGAUUUCCGCAGGGCACCAAUUCCUAAUUUUGUUUCCCGUUUUAAGAACCUAGAAUAUCUCAAUUUGUCAAAAACCAAUUUUAGAGGAACAAUUCCUGAACAUCUUGGGAAUCUGUCACGCUUGCAGUUUCUUGAUCUCAAUGGUGAUUCUUCACUCAAGGUCAAUAACCUUCAAUGGCUUCAACACCUCUUCUCUAUGAAGAUUCUUGACUUGAGUGGUGUUGACAUGAGCAGCCCAAAAAACUGGCUACAUGACAUCAAUUUGCUAACUUCUCUCUCAGAAUUACGUUUGUCUGCUUGUCAGCUUGCUACACUUCCUAAGUCGUUUCCCGCUUUUGUGAAUUUCACAUCCCUUCAAAUUCUUGACCUUUCAUUGAACUAUUUCAAUUCUUCAAUUCCUAGCUGGUUGUUCAAUACAAGCCACAGUCUUGUAUAUCUUAAUCUCACAAGAAGUGAGCUGGGUGGUUUCCUUCCAAAUGCCCUUGGAAACAUGCAUUCACUUAGAAUUCUUGAUCUUUCAGGGAACUCUCUCCUAGGCCAGCUUCCUCAUUCCAUAGAGAAAAUGAGUUCAGUUACCUAUCUUGAUCUCUCAAGAAACUCGUUUACGGGCAAUUUACCACCAACUCUGCCAUCAAAGCUGGAAUAUUUGGAUGUUUCUAAUAAUCAUCUGGAGGGUCCUUUAGCAAAAAGCAUUGCACAACUUAGGCAAUUAGUUGUCCUCAAAGUUGCUGGGAACUCUUUCAAUGACUCGAUUACAGAACAUUUCUUGAAUUUCAGUGACUUGAGAGUGUUAGACUUGUCAUCCAACUCAUUUAUCCUCAAUCUAAGUGAAAACUGGAUGCCACGCUUUCAACUUGACUUUAUAAGCCUGCAGUCUUGCCAACUUGGUGCAAAAUUUCCCCAAUGGCUUCAAACACAAAAAGAGUUGUCAUUUAUUGAUAUCUCUAACGUUACGAUCUCAGGUGAAGUGCCUGAUUGGUUCUGGAAUCUUUCUGCGAAGGCUUAUCACAUAGACCUUUCGCAAAACAAUUUCACAGGGGAAGUGCCUGAAUUCACACAAAGAGUUCAUCUUACAAAAUUGGACCUGAGUAAAAAUAAUUUUCAUGGUCCUUUGCCUCAUUUUUCACCCAAGAUGAUGACCUUGAUUUUGGCAAAGAAUCUCUUUAAUGGUACUAUUGCUCCUGUAUGUGAAUCACUUGUCAUGAAUAAUUCUCUCGGUCUUCUAGACCUAUCUUCAAAUUCACUAUCAGGACAACUUUCAGACUGUUGGAGAUCUGGGAAGAAUCUGGAACGAUUGAAUUUAGCCCAUAAUAACCUAUCCGGGGAGAUACCUCAUUCAAUUGGAGAUCUUGCUAAACUCUUCUUUCUGCAAUUGCAGAACAAUAGUUUCUCCAAAAAUCUGCCUUCAUCAUUGAAGAAGAUAACUGGACUAAAAAUUCUUGAUGUUUCUGUAAAUAGUUUAUCUGGAAAUAUACCACUUUGGUUAGGGGAGAGUUUUAAUACUCUUAUGAUUCUUGUAUUAAGAAGAAACAAGUUUGACGGACAUAUUCCCCGGCAGAUUUGCCAGCUGAAAUACUUGUAUAUUUUGGACCUUAAUUCCAACGCUCUAUCAGGAACUAUUCCAAGGUGUCUUGACAAUCUCCACAGCAUGUCCGGGGUAGAGGAGCCUCCUCCCUUUACAUAUGGACCCUAUGCAGAUUAUUAUCCGGGGCGGUCAUUUCCUCCAGGGAUCUUUGUGGCAUUUGAUCUAGCAGACAACCAUUUAUCAGGGGACAUUCCUAAGGAAAUCACUAGCAUUACUGCACUAGGGUUUUUGAAUUUAUCAAGGAAUAAUUUCACGGGAGCAAUUGCACGUGACAUUGGCAACUUGCAACAUUUGGAAGCUCUCGAUCUUUCCAGGAAUAAGCUGUCAUGCUCCUUUCCUCCCAGUAUUGUAGAACUUACCUUUCUUGUUCUUGGAGAUUUUUCUUUCAAUGAUUUGACAGGAAAAAUUCCAUCUGGACUUCAAUUCGAGAGUAGUUCUUAUAUUGGGAAUCCAAAGUUGUGCGGAUUCCCACUUUCACGAGUCUGCUCGGAUCAUUUACUUGAGGACAUGACUCACUGUAAUAAUAAGCAGGAGGUUCAGGCCGUUCAACAUGGAGAAAACAAUGACUGGCUCGAGGAAUUUUCGUUCUACAUUAGCAUGGGAAUUGGCUUCAAUACAGGUUUCUGGGUAUUUUGGGGUACUCUAAUGUUGAAAAAGUCUUGGAGAUAUGCCUAUAUGAGGUGCCUGGAUAACAUGGGCAACAAGAUUUACGUGUUUGCUGCCAUCAGAUUGAAAAAUAACAAGCAGCAAAAAAAGGUGAACAAUGACAAGGAGCAAAAAAGGUGA